GCCAGUCAGAGCUAGCUGUGUGCUACUGGGAUAGAAGCAGAAUCAGCAGCAAAGUAGAAGCCCUCCAUCCCGGCUGAUACGCCCGCACUAAAGCUCUCCAUGGCGGCCACCGACGUAGACGUCCCAGUUAGUGACGGGAUGAGGACGCUGAAUCUGGGUGGCCAUGUUGGCUUCGACAGUCUCCCGGACCAGCUGGUCAGCAAGUCCGUCUCCCAGGGCUUCUGCUUUAACAUCCUCUGUGUAGGUGAGACGGGCAUCGGCAAGUCGACGCUGAUGAACACGCUGUUCAACACCACCUUCGAGAACGAGGAGGCCAGCCACUACCUGGAACAGGUGCUGCUGCGGCCACGAACCUACGACCUGCAGGAGAGCAACGUGCACCUCAAGCUCACCAUCGUCGACACCGUGGGCUUCGGAGAUCAGGUCAACAAGGACGAGAGCUACAAGCCCAUCGUGGACUACAUCGAUAGCCAGUUUGAGAACUUCCUGCAGGAGGAGUUGAAAAUCAAGCGCUCGCUCUUCAACUACCACGACACGCGCAUCCACGUCUGCCUCUACUUCAUCGCGCCCACGGGGCACUCGCUCAAGUCACUAGACCUGGUCACCAUGAAGAAACUGGACAGCAAGGUAAACAUUAUCCCCAUCAUUGCCAAAGCUGACACCAUCUCCAAGAGCGAGCUGCACAAGUUCAAGAUCAAGGUGAUGAGCGAGCUGGUGAGCAACGGCGUGCAGAUCUACCAGUUCCCCACGGAGGACGAGGCCAUCGCUGAAAUCAACUCCUCCAUGAACGCUCAUCUCCCCUUUGCUGUGGUGGGCAGCAGCGAGGAGGUGAAGGUGGGCAACAAGAUGGUGAGGGCCAGGCAGUACCCCUGGGGAGCAGUACAGGUUGAGAACGAGAGCCACUGUGACUUUGUGCGUUUGCGUGAGAUGCUGAUUCGGGUCAACAUGGAGGACCUGCGGGAGCAGACGCACGCGCGCCACUACGAGCUGUACCGACGCUGCAAACUGGAGGAGAUGGGCUUUAAAGACACCGACCCCGACAACGAACCCUUCAGUCUGCAGGAGACCUAUGAGGCUAAGCGUAAGGAGUUCCUGAGUGACCUGCAGCGUAAAGAGGAGGACAUGAGGCAGAUGUUUGUCAACCGCGUCAAGGAGACCGAGGCAGAGCUCAAGGAGAAGGAACGAGAGCUACACGACCGCUUUGAGUUGCUGAAGAGGACCCACCAGGAGGAGAAGCGCAACGUGGAGGAGAAGCGGCGCGACCUGGAGGAGGACAUGAACUCCUUCAACAGGAGGAAGGUUGCCGCGGAGACGCUGCAGGGACAGGGAGGGUUCGGGGGCUUCGGGGGCGCCCAGCAGCUCUCCAUCAAGAAGGACAAGGACAAAAAGAAUUGAUUUCCAUCCACACAGCAACCAAGAGCAUCCAGGGAUUUGUCUUCAGUCUCCAUAGCAACACAAGUGUGCAUGUGUGUACUGUGUGUGCGUGUGUGUGUGUGUGUGUGUGUGUGUGUGUGUGUGUGCGUGCGGGCGUGCGCUUGUGUGUGAGUUUAUUACGUUACAUUGCUUUUUUUGUUUGUUCUAUUUCAUCUCGUCCAGUGUAUGAGUUUGAGCAGUGCAGUCACAAACGCAUGACAAGAGUAGGUGUUCUCCAAACCAAUCGCUAUGUACUGUACCGUAUGUGUCAAUCAAGCACUCAAGCGUCACGCAAUUGGACGAAAGGGAGGGGGUUGGGAGUGUUGGGGCGGGACCUUUGACUGUAUUCUGGCCAAUGUGAUUAUGAGCAUCAAUAGGCUAGAUGGGCUUCCAAAUGCUGGCAUGGUGUUUUGCAUAAAUUGCUCACACCAGAAGGCAUCUAAAAAAAAAGCGUAGUCUUAACAGGAUCAGCUGAGACAUUUCUUUUCUAUUCCGCUGACUCUGGUCGCUUGUUUUUUUUCCCACCAAUGACGUGAUAUGUCAUGGCCUCUUGAUCAAAACAACUCCAGAAGCGCAUAUAUAAUGUGAACUUGAACAGCUGACUAUUAAUGUAAAACAAGUUUUUUUUUAUAUAUAUAGUGUAUUAUGUAAUAAUGAGUACAGAGCCUUAAAAAAAGGUUUGUUUUUAAUAAUAAUAAUAAUAAUUUCACAACACUGUAUUUUCAUACCUUUUAUUGUCAUUUCUAGUUUUAUACUAAACCAAAUGUACCUUUUGAUACCUAUUGAUUUUAAUUGUGUAAAAGAAUUUUAAGUGUGAAAUGGAAUAAGACAGGACUCUGUGGCAGUGAGUGCAGUACAAUGCGAGAGAGCUUACUGUACGUUUACAGCAACAACAAGAAACCCACGAUAUACUGCGUAUACUAAGCUAUAGCACAUCAUGUAUCUAUGAAUUUGUACUUCAAUAAUUAAAACAAAUAAACACUGACAAUACAAUACAGCUGCAUUAUUUGUGUUUUUGUUCAUGAUUCUA